AUGCCAUGGCGCACGAAGCUGCACAUGGAGAAACCCCUCCCCGCCGGCGAGGGGUCCAGCCGGCAGCAGGGCGGCCGUGACGUCGUCGACCACGUCCAGGCUCCGGUGCAGGUGUCACCUACGCCGGAGCAGGUGGCUCCUCCGCCGGAGCAGGUAGCUGCUAUGCCUCCUCAGACGGAGCAGGUGACGCCUCCUGUGCCCGAGCCUGUGGUCGUCGGCGAUGUCAACAAAGAAGACCCAUUUAUGUGGGCCCCGGUAGCUGCUCUGGCUCCUCAGACGGAGCAGGUGUCUCCUCUGCCGCGGGUGACGCCUCCGGUGCCCGAGCCUGUGGUCACCGGCGACGUCAACAAAGACGAUGUAGCUCCUCUGGCUUCUCUGCCGGAGCAGGUGGUGCCUCCUCAGCCUCAGCCGGGUGUUCAUCUGCCGCUGGUGUUACCUCCUCUGCCCCCACCUGUGGUCGUCGCUGAUGAGAAAGAAGAAGAGGUAGCUCCUCUGGCUUCUCUGCCGGAGCAGGUGGUGCCUCCUCAGCCUCAGCCGGGUGUUCAUCUGCCGCUGGUGUUACCUCCUCUGCCCCCACCUGUGGUCGUCGCUGAUGAGAAAGAAGAAGAGGUAGCUCCUCUGGCUUCUCUGCCGGAGCAGGUGGUGCCUCCUCAGCCUCAGCCGGGUGUUCAUCUGCCGCUGGUGUUACCUCCUCUGCCCCCACCUGUGGUCGUCGCUGAUGAGAAAGAAGAAGAGGUCCUAAGUGACGAUAUCGACAGCGACCCAGAAACCCAGGGGAUCUACAGGAGGCAGAAGGUGAGGGAGCUGGACAGUGGUGUGCUCGAGAAACGUGUCAGGCCAAGAAUCGGAAGGGGGGCUACGGAUGCCCUUACUACAACAAGCUGA